AUGAGUCUCCUGUUGCCUGGUGGAGGCCUUCUGGGCUAUCUGUUCAAGCUCUACUCCAGAGCGCAGUCUCCCAGGCAGAGGAUGAAAAAGACAACAGCCAACCGAAAUAACCAAGUGAAGGAGAAUCUUUCCUGUGUUGCCCUCUUCUGGGAGUCUCCAACAGAGCAGGUGGUGGGUUCCUACAGGACCAACGCCAGUCCGGCUGUCGGCCUGACUGAAGAUCUUAAUGUUCGCCCCAGAGAUCUGACUCAGAGGUCUAAGCUGUUGCGUGCCCUCGUAGGUUCAGGAGGGAAACCUGCGCGGGUGAAGGAGAUCCUGAUAACCACCCCAUCCCCAUGGCAGGGAGGAGUUCUGACCUCUACACACGGGACCUUCGGACCUACUUACUGCCUUGCCAUCUCACUCCAGGCCCAAUCUGUGAUCCGGGUUGGCGGCGGCGGGGUGGGAGGGCUGCUGGAGGAGUUGGGUGGAGGUGGAGAUGCAGAGAGGGAGGAAAAAGAAGCAAGAUUGGGUGAGGAUGUGCAGAUGGGUGAGGAUGAGGUGGAGAUGGAGUUGGGGAUGCACCGCGGGGCACCAACUAUUCACCCUUCCGUGGAGAGGUCGGUCCAUGGUCUUCCGCUCCCCCCUAGACCUCUAUUCCUCCCACUUCUUGUUGCCAAACUUCGCCGAUUCUCACCACUGCUCCCUACUUGUGGCGAGUAG